ACCGCACGCCAUCUUGGCUCUACCGCGCCUCUAACACACGAAUCUUGGCCCGCUUUUCCCGGGCCAUUUCGGCUCUGGUCGGACCAGUUUCCUGGACCACAGAGGGAGGAGCCUGGCAUUUCUGGAAGUCGGAGGAACAGCCAGUCAAAGCCAGCCAGCAUCUGAGCCAGCGUAGGAACUGGAGCGACGGUGGACGAAGGGUCGGCUGUGGUGGAGUACGGUUUUAAUCCCGAUAUUCACGAGCGCAGACGGUGUAAGCCACAGAGUUAAGUCGUCGACAUGCACGUGAAGGUCUUCCGUCUGGGCUCGGGAAGCUGAAGCAUAUUGCAGCCCGGUCACAUUACGUGUUCGGUGGGAUAAAGCCAUCUGUGAUACACUGGGUGUGCACGGCGCAAUAACGGCGAGAGCCAACCGGUUAUUCCGUCGACAGCUAGCUCGUAUUAACCCAGCUAGCCAACCAUUUUCCAGAGCCCCGUUAGCUUGCGGUGAAGGGAGCAUCUUGGUCGGUGCGGGAAGUCUCCGUGGAUGCUGUCGAGGGAGUCCUGUAUCUGGCAGUACCCCACAGUAAGAUUCAAACCCGAGGCAUGCACAGAGGGGUGUUUUUCUGCAAACGAGCGAGGAAGUCUCCACGCCCUGGGGUCUGGUCUGUGGUUACUGUUUAGCUAGCUCGCUGGCUAGCCCAGCCUACCGGGGAGAGUAGCUCCAGUGAAGGUGGGGCCGCGGAGUGACAGCCUUUGGACGCCAGCUAAUGUGGCUAGCCGGCUAACUUGGACUCUCGAGUGGCCACUGGUUUUUCCCGUCACUGACAUUCGGGGGGGGUUAAAUUACCAGGAGUGUGCUGUCUGGCACAAUAGUAACCACAUUCAGCAAGAAAAUACGUUAUCAUUGAUUUCUCCAAAACCCGUGUGGGUGGGAUAUCUUGAGGAGAGCAUCCUCGUUUACCUGCAUGACCAUGGCGGACGACGACGUGCUGUUCGAGGAUGUCUACGAGCUGUGCGAGGUGAUUGGCAAGGGUCCUUUCAGCGUGGUGAGGCGAUGCAUCAACAGGGAUACGGGCCAGCAGUUUGCUGUGAAGAUCGUCGAUGUGGCCAGCUUCACCUCCAGCCCCGGCCUCAGCACAGAAGAUCUGAAGCGGGAGGCCAGCAUCUGCCACAUGCUGAAACACCCCCACAUCGUGGAGCUGCUGGAGACCUAUAGCUCCGAUGGCAUGCUCUACAUGGUCUUUGAAUUCAUGGAUGGGGCGGAUCUGUGUUUUGAAAUUGUGAAGAGAGCCGAUGCUGGCUUUGUGUACAGCGAAGCAGUGGCCAGCCACUAUAUGAGGCAGAUUUUGGAGGCCCUUCGGUACUGCCACGACAACAAUGUGAUUCAUCGUGAUGUAAAGCCCCACUGUGUGCUGUUGGCCUCAAAGGAGAACUCUGCUCCAGUCAAGCUCGGAGGAUUUGGAGUGGCAAUACAGCUGGGAGAGUCUGGUUUAGUAGCUGGAGGUCGAGUCGGUACUCCCCACUUUAUGGCCCCGGAGGUAGUCAAGAGGGAGCCAUACGGCAAACCAGUGGAUGUGUGGGGAUGUGGAGUGAUCCUCUUCAUCCUCCUGUCUGGCUGCCUUCCUUUCUACGGCACCAAGGAGCGUUUGUUUGAGGCUAUCAUUAAGGGGAAAUACAAGAUGAACCCGCGCCAGUGGGCCCAUAUCUCAGAGAGCGCCAAGGAUCUGGUGAGACGCAUGCUGAUGCUGGACCCUGCUGAGAGAAUCACUGUCUACGAGGCCCUCAACCACCCUUGGCUGAAGGAGAGGGACAGGUAUGCCUACAAGAUCCACCUGCCUGAAACAGUGGAGCAGCUGAGGAAGUUCAACGCCAGGAGGAAGCUGAAGGGGGCAGUGCUUGCUGCUGUUUCCAGCCACAAGUUUAAUUCCUACUAUGGCGACCCCCCAGAGGAGCUACAUGACUUCUCAGAUGACCCCACCUCCUCAGGACUGCUAGCUGCUGAAACAGGGGCAGUAUCACAGGUUUUGGACAGUCUAGAGGAGAUUCAUGCAUUGACGGACUGCAGUGAGAAAGACAUGGACUUCCUGCACAGUGUCUUCCAGGAUCAGCACCUCCACACCCUGUUAGAUCUUUAUGACAAAAUAAACACCAGGUCGUCCCCUAAUAUCAGAAACCCUCCAAGUGAUGGAGUGCAGAGAGCCAAAGAGGUACUGGAAACUAUCUCGUGUUACCCAGAGAACAUGGAGGCCAAGGAGCUGAGGAGGAUCCUCACACAGCCACAUUUCAUGGCUCUGCUGCAGACCCAUGAUGUGGUGGCCCACGAGGUCUACAGCGACGAGGCACUGAGGGUGACCCCUCCACCCACUUCACCUUACCUGAACGGAGACUCCCCUGACAGCACCAACGGAGACAUGGACCUGGAGAACGUCACCAGGGUUCGCCUGGUUCAGUUUCAGAAGAACACUGAUGAGCCCAUGGGCAUUACUCUGAAAAUGAACGAACUCAACCACUGUAUCGUGGCCCGAAUCAUGCAUGGUGGAAUGAUUCAUCGACAAGGGACUCUGCAUGUAGGAGAUGAGAUCCGAGAGAUUAAUGGUAUCAGCGUUGCCAAUCAGACGGUAGAACAGCUCCAAAAGAUGCUGAGGGAGAUGAGGGGUAGCAUCACCUUCAAGAUUGUUCCCAGUUACAGGUCCCAGUCCAUGUCCUGUGAGAAAGAGUCACCAGAUUUGUCCCAGCAGUCACCUGCAAAUGGUCACGCUAGUGUCACUAGCUCCAUCCUGGAUCUGCCGUCGACGAUCCAGCCCAAAGGCCGUCUGAUCUCCAGACCUGCUAUCAAGGACAAAUUGUCCAUCAAGAUUUAUGUACGUGCUCAGUUUGAGUAUGACCCGGCGAAAGACGACCUCAUCCCAUGUAAGGAGGCAGGCAUUCGCUUCCGGGUGGGUGACAUCAUUCAGAUCAUCUCCAAGGACGACCACAACUGGUGGCAGGGAAAGCUGGAGAACACCAAGAAUGGCACCGCAGGCCUCAUCCCCUCACCUGAGCUGCAGGAGUGGCGUGUGGCGUGUAUAGCAAUGGAGAAGACCAAACAGGAACAGCAGGCCAGUUGUACCUGGUUUGGUAAGAAGAAGAAACAGUACAAAGACAAGUACCUGGCCAAGCACAAUGCAGUGUUUGACCAACUAGACCUGGUGACUUAUGAGGAAGUGGUCAAACUGCCAUCGUUCAAGAGGAAAACACUGGUUUUGCUUGGUGCACAUGGAGUUGGUAGGAGGCACAUCAAGAACACGCUCAUUACCAAACAUCCUGACCGCUUUGCCUACCCCAUCCCUCACACAACUCGGCCUCCUAAGAAAGACGAGGAGAACGGAAAGAACUACUACUUUGUGUCUCAUGACCAGAUGAUGCAGGACAUCAGCAACAACGACUACCUGGAGUACGGCAGCCAUGAGGAUGCCAUGUAUGGAACCAGGCUGGAGACUAUCAGGCAGAUCCAUGCACAGGGCAUGAUCUCCAUCCUGGAUGUUGAACCACAGAAUUCUCUUUCUGUCUCUAAUCAGGCACUAAAGAUCCUCAGGACAGCUGAGUUUGCUCCCUAUGUUGUCUUCAUCGCGGCUCCCAACAUCACCCCUGGCAUGACUGAGGAUGACUCUCUUCAGCGGCUUCAGAAGGAAUCAGAGAUGCUGCAGCGGACCUACGCUCACUACUUUGACCAGACCAUCAUCAACAACGAGAUUGAUGACACCAUCCGACUGCUGGAGGAGGCUGUAGACCUGGUGUCCACCACUGCUCAGUGGGUCCCCGUCUCCUGGGUCUACUGACAUACACUCAACGGCAAUUCGCUUAUCGCCCUGAACGAUCCAUCUCUGAUCCAACGCGGAUGCUAAACUUUGGUCAAAUCCCCUUGAAUCACGUCUCUCAUCGGAAUCAUACAUUUCUGUAGAUACACUGUUGUUGAAAAAGAGGGAAAUGAAGAAACUAAUGACUCACUACAGAGACCUCAUCCUGCCCCUACCCACUUUUUCUCAACAGCCUCAAAGGCAUAUUGUUGUGUACAUAUAUACAUAUAUAUAUAAACGAUAAAAAACUAAGUGAAUAUGGUUCUGUCCUUAUAUAGUGGAAGGGUGGGCAGUGGAGGGGCAGUGUGGUAGAUAUUUUGUACUUUUCUUUUGUAAUUGAUGGAUGGGUGGUAAUAUUGGAAAGGCAAUAGCGAGCAUGACCAUAAAGCAGUCUUAUGUGGGUGCCUGUGUGUGUGUUGACCUUUAAAGGCACUUCUUGUGGUACUCUGUGUCCUCCCCUCCAACAUCCCCCAAUCUCCUCGGCCCCUGUGACAAACAAGCCGAACUCUGAAGCACAUUAGAAGCUGCUAUAGUGGCAACAAGUAACUCCCUCAGCUCCAAAUGCAAGUUUGAGUGAAGCAAAAAGCACAGGAAACUUGGCAGUUUCUUUCUCCCUCACCCACCCCCAGCCCUUUAUUUAUUUCACUGGCCCUCUGUGCCUGUCAGUUUGUUGAAGGAGCACACUGCAUCCCUCUACGCUGUCUUUCUGUGUGUUGCUGUAGCCUCUUGUACCAUGCUUCCCUUCUCAACCUCUGAUGGUCUUUGUUUACAUCUCAGUUUGCACAAAAUGGACAAUGAAGAAGACGUGCUGCAUCUCGUCACCUCACAGUUUUCAUUUGGUCUUGCCUACUCUCUUCUGGCUGUGUUUACCCCUCUCCCUCUACCUGAAAUGCUAAUCAGUGGUCAGUGGACCUGGAAUAUCGUUUUAAGGGCAUGGCCAGCUAUGAAAAAGCAAAUACAUCCACCACUAAUCAUGGCUCCUGAGCUGGAAGACAAAAAAAGAGAAAGGAAAAAAAAACUGAACGGAAAGGAGAAAAUAAACUGCCUUAUCAGAGCCUCGGGGAAGAAGUUGGUAACACCUAUGCACACCCCUGGUUUCUGCCAGGCAGACCGCCACGACAACCAUUUUCUUCUUUCCUCGCACUCAAACAGUGAGCCACACUUGUUAAAAUGAAAAGUGUUCAUAAGGAAUGUCUGUGUGGAAGGGGAGGGCCUCAUGUAGGUGGGAUUAAUCCAAUCCUAGAGCCACCAUUUUGGAACUGUUAACUGUUGUCUUUAAAAAUAUAAGGAGUAUUCUUGUUUUGAGGGAGAGAAAAAUAACUCUAAAUUUUGUGUGUAAAUGUUUCAAUGGUGCGUACGUCAUACGAGUGAAUUACCAAGAGCCAGUGUAUAUUAAUCCUUAAAAGAAGCUCAGUAUGUGACAUAACCUCUUCAUGCUUUACCAGAAGUGGCACAGCGCCACCCCGCCUACAGUAACUCAGUAUACAGACAGUUGAAGGGUCUUUAAAAAAAAUUAAAUACAAUUUAAAAAAAGUCAAUAUUUCCAACUGUGUGGUGUGGUUGCUGCUGUUCCACUUCAAGUAAAGUGUUUUCAUUUCAAGUCCUGUGUAAAUUACCUCUGCAAAUGACAAAAGCAGCUCUUCUGUAUGAAAUGUUGUUCUUUUUUGUUAUUUCAUUUUUAAAAAAAAUAUAUUUCCUUUUACGUGUUUAAAGUAAA